ACUCACACCCCACCCCCUAGUCUGGCUGGGAAUUUGAACCGAUCCAGCCUGUUUAAACGGAAAGGACACAGAUCUUCAAUGUAAAAAAAAAAUCAGAUCAGACCCAGAGAGAGAGACGGAGAGGGAGGAGUGUGUGUGUGUGUGAGUGUGUGUGUGUGUGUGAAAGAGGGAGAGGGAGCGAGAGAGCGAGAGAGAGGGAGAGAGAGAGAGAGAGAGAGGGAGAGAGGGAGGGAGAGAGAAAAGAAGAGGGGGAAAAAAAGGAAAGAAGAUUUUCUCUAUGUAUAUAAAGAUGGCCACGUUAGCAAACGGACAACCAGACAAUACCAGCCUGAGUAGCAAUCACAGCAACCCCAGCACCAACGGGCAUAUGAACGGAUUAAACCAUAGUCCCGGAAACCCAUCCACCAUCCCAAUGAAGGACCACGAUGCCAUUAAGCUCUUUAUUGGGCAGAUCCCCCGUAACCUGGACGAGAAAGACCUCAAACCGCUCUUCGAGGAGUUCGGGAAGAUCUAUGAACUGACGGUGCUGAAGGACAGGUUCACUGGCAUGCACAAAGGCUGUGCCUUCCUAACAUACUGCGAAAGGGAGUCUGCUCUAAAGGCCCAGAGUGCACUGCAUGAACAAAAGACACUGCCGGGGAUGAACAGACCAAUCCAGGUGAAACCAGCGGACAGCGAAAGCCGAGGAGAAGACAGAAAACUCUUUGUGGGCAUGCUCAAUAAGCAGCAGUCGGAAGACGAUGUGCGCAGGCUAUUCGAGGCCUUUGGCAACAUUGAGGAGUGCACGAUCCUUCGUGGACCCGAUGGCAACAGCAAAGGGUGUGCAUUUGUGAAGUACUCAUCUCACGCUGAGGCCCAAGCUGCCAUCAAUGCCUUGCAUGGCAGCCAGACAAUGCCGGGAGCCUCUUCAAGCCUGGUGGUGAAGUUUGCGGAUACAGAUAAAGAGCGUACAAUGAGGCGCAUGCAGCAAAUGGCAGGACAAAUGGGCAUGUUCAACCCCAUGGCCAUCCAGUUUGGAGCGUAUGGCGCCUAUGCACAGGCACUGAUGCAGCAGCAAGCCGCGAUCAUGGCUUCCGUGGCGCAGGGUGGCUACCUGAACCCCAUGGCAGCCUUUGCUGCCGCCCAGAUGCAACAGAUGGCGGCUCUGAACAUGAACGGCCUGGCGGCCGCCCCCAUGACACCAACCUCAGGUGGAAGCACGCCUCCUGGCAUAACUGCACCAGCUGUGCCUAGCAUCCCAUCUCCAAUUGGGGUGAAUGGUUUCACUGGCCUCCCGCCGCAGGCUAAUGGGCAGCCCGCCGCAGAAGCCGUGUUUGCUAAUGGCAUCCACCCUUACCCAGCACAGAGCCCCACUGCAGCAGACCCCUUGCAGCAAGCCUACGCUGGAGUGCAGCAGUACGCAGGUCCUGCUUAUCCUGCUGCUUAUGGCCAGAUUAGCCAAGCGUUCCCACAGCCACCUCCCAUGAUCCCACAGCAACAGAGAGAAGGACCAGAGGGCUGUAACCUGUUUAUCUACCAUCUGCCCCAGGAGUUUGGGGAUGCUGAGCUGAUGCAGAUGUUCCUGCCUUUCGGUAAUGUCAUCUCCUCGAAAGUGUUUGUGGAUCGGGCGACAAACCAAAGUAAAUGCUUUGGUUUUGUGAGUUUUGACAAUCCUGCCAGUGCCCAAGCUGCUAUCCAAGCUAUGAAUGGCUUCCAGAUUGGCAUGAAGAGGCUGAAGGUGCAGCUGAAGAGGCCAAAGGAUGCUAAUCGUCCUUACUGAGGAGUUAUGGGAACCACUGGAUACAAAGCACUAGCACAGGUCUCUGGCUAGAGCCACAUUGAACAGAUACACACCCACACAUAAACCAGGAACCGUUUGUGUGUGCGUCUCUUUAGAAAAAGAGGUGGAAGGAUGCUUAAUGAGGGAUGAGCCAAGUUCCCCACCCCAGGGGCAUCCUGCAUCUCUAGAAAGUCCUCCUGGUCACUAGAGGAGAGCCAGCAGCUGUCCUGAUUCCCCUUGCUCAGCUAAAGAGAGCAUUUCUGGUGGCUGAAGAAAAUCUGCAAUUAAGAGAUGGGACCGGGCUGCAGUUUAAUCCCAGAUGACUGGACUGGGACAGUGUCUGUCUCAAUAGCUCUGUGUUGCAAACGUUUCAAAGCAUUCUUCAUUCUUCAUGUGGUAUAGUCUGUAUCCAAUUUCAUCACAGCAUAAUAACUUUAUGUAAAUAUGUCUCCCUGACAACUAAAUAACCCCUAAUUUCUCUCUUCCCAAACCCAAGAAAUGAAUAGAAGGACUCACUUCUUGCUCGGUUACUGUUAACUUCAGUGUGUAGAUAAAACCCAACCAAAGCCAAGAAAGCUUUGCUUGAGUGAGGACCUAGACAAAUCUAAACAAAAGUCUCACUGUUAGACUCAUGUACUUUAUAUUGUUGGAGAGGAGCCAGCUUGAUGCUCCAAGGGAACUUCUAGUACAUGUAACAGUGUCAAAAGUAUCAGAAGCAGCACCUUGUUUUGUUGGAAUCCCAGCCUAUUGCCAAUAACAAAAAUGGAGAUGUUUCCAAAAAUGGAAAUAUAUUCCACUGCUGGCUGGCUUUUCCAUUAGAUAAUUCUUUGAGAAACAGAAAUAUAAGACCAUACGUGUUUGUUACAGAGACAGGAAGUUUCCCUGCAGUUAAAACUGUUCCACCCCAGAGAUUCCCCAAUAAAACCAGCACUCAUAGUGACCCUAAACUGCAACAAGUAUUUUGCAUUCCUGAAUUAGCGACAGAGAGAUAUGUUAGGUGACCUUUAUAGGCUGUUACAGCUGUAAUGUCUAAGAGUCAGUGAUUUUGAUUCAGGCCCUUCUUGAUCCAUCUGAGAUAUAGGCAGGAAAUCCUUAUCUUCAACCUUCCCAAAGAACUAUGAAGUGUUCUAUUUUUUCACCGAUAUCUCUGAGAUAUUUGAAAAAACGGUCUUCAGAGCAGUAUCCUUUCCACUGAGAAUUAAGGAAUGGGAUCAAAGUGUCUUUGAAAGAGGUGCUGCACUGAAGACGACAUGAAGCAGGAUAAGAAACCUUUCAAUAAACAUAUUAGGUUCACGUGCAAAAUACAGCCUCCUUAGUUUAGACUCUCCUUUAUAUGUGACUAUAUGAAGAUAACUCAAUGCAUUUUCCCUCUUCAAAAAUCUCUUUUCUUUUCCUUGCUUAUGACAAGGCCUCUUGGAAGCUUGAAACCAAAAUAUGUUUCCAUAUCCAAAUGCUUUUUGCUUCAUCACACCAGCUUUUUACUGCAGGUUUUGCUGGGGGAGAGCAGGAGAUGCAUGCAUGCAAUUUUGUUAAAGCAGGGACUGUCUUUGUCAGGGAGAUUUUCAAUAACAUUUGCAAAGGAAUCGAGGAACACAAGUUUCUCUUUAGUUUGGCACCAAGCAAUAACUUUAUAUAGUAGCAUAGAUGUGGUCAAUGGGGAUAUACUUGUUUGUAAUGGUCAUAUAAGAAUGUGCAGGGCUGUAGACACCUGUGUUUUUAAAGACUGACUGGUAUGAGUCUGUGAUGUUUUCAUUAUCAUGGAUCAUUGUGAAGUGCUCUGCCUCUACCUUUUC